AUGGCGGGUCGUUUGGUGACCAUUAUGCUGGCCCUUCUGGGCUGUGCCAUGAGUCUCAAGGUGCAGUUGGAAUUGGAUAGCAAUCUCCCUGCGGCGGUGGGACCUCGGGUUGCUGAGCUCGUGGCGCAGACGGGCGCUCAGCUCGUCACGAGCAACGCUGACGUGGUGUGGUCCUGUGGCAACACCAGCUACAGCCAUUUGGUGUCCGCUGACAUUGAGAAGCUCGGACCGGAGGGCUACACGGUCCGGGCCUUUUUGCAUCAGUCACCGCAGCUCGUGGUGGCCGCUGGUCGCGCUCCCACACCUCUGCCAUACGAUCGCCAUUACGCGCAGGUGGCGGGGCGCGGAGAUGCGUACGCAUGCUAUGCAGCCCUGCAGAUGGCCGGGUUUGCUUUUUUGCAUCCCCUGACGCCAAUCGUACCCGAAAGCUUGAACGUGUCGGCCAUCGCCAACACGUCCUCUUCGCCGCGUUGGCCGCUACGCGGUUUCCACAUCCACACGCAGCAUCCAUUGGAGCUCACAGACCUGCUCACGGGCUUUGAUCUGACGGCAAAUGGCACGGUCUUGGAAACCUGGGAGGCCAUGCAACCUGACAUGGCUCUUUUGGCAGAGUGGUGCUUGGCCAAUCUGCAAAACCGGUAUGGCAGUGGUAUUUCACCCAACCCCAAGUCUGGCAGUUCUUUAAUCGAGUGGUUGCCGCUGUGGGCACGUGAUUGGGGCAGUUUUGCGUUGGGCCCGAUCCGGCAAGGUCGUCUUCUCAACCUGACAAAGGUUGUGCGUGGCUUUGGCCUGCACGCCGGCGCCGAUGCUGCCAUCGCUCUUCAGCAGCAGCACGCAUUCGCCUUGGUCAACUCCACCAGCGACCUGUCGCUCGCUCCAGCCAGCAUCGCCUCACGUAUGCAGUGGUUAGCCGAGGCUGGGUUUGACUUUUUAAGCACAGAGAACGGCUUUAGCGAGUUUACGCACCCCGAAUGCAGCCUGAUGUUGGACUGGAUCAACAUCACGGCACAACAGGCCGCGGCGAACCAAAUGACGGCCUAUAUCAAGGUUCAUAUUUCCUCGGGCCAAGUCUGCCCCAACUACACGGAUCCCAUGUCUGGGGGUCCAAUCAACUUCAACUAUUUGCCCAUCUUUGCCGAUGACCGCAUGGGUGUCAUGCCUCACACUGUCCAGUAUUACAAUUACGAGGAUCCUGCUAACACCUAUGGCAACGUGAAUUUUACCAGCAUGUUUGACUUCCUCUUUUAUGCCCUCGAGACAAACCGCUCGGUUGUAUAUCAUCCCGAAACAGCUUAUUGGAUCAACUAUGAUUCGUCAGUACCCCUGUUCCUGCCCAUCUAUGCCUAUGGGCGCGUCAGCGAUCUGCGCUUCAUCAAGGCACACGAGCAACGCGUCAACAAGACCAUGGCGGGUCAGAUGGACUUUGAUUCUGGCUGGGAGUGGGGCUACUGGCUGCAAGACGUUAUAACCGCCCGCAGUGCCUGGGAUGUUUGUGGGCCAGCGGACGGCUGUGCGUCAGACCAAGAUGCAUUGGCCAAGGCGUUGACACCUGUCGUGCAGCCCUUUGGGUCAGCAGCCGAAGACCUGCGCCAACUUCUUCUGCGCUUCAUCAAGGACCAACGAGAGCUCCUCAUUUUCGGCAACUACAGCGGUGCAGUGUUGCCCACGGACGACACCGGUUAUGUCAAGCUGAACGGACAAGCGUACAUGCAAGGCUGGGAUCCUUACUCUGAGAUUCCGGCCAUCGUUGACCCCAUUGACAGCGUGCAGCCCGUUAAACUAGGUUUUGAUGCCAUUUGGAUGGGAGAGGAGCCAGACUACUGGACCAAAGUGUGUCGAUAG